UUUUGAUUUUGUUUUGGUUUGAUUCCAUGCGAGUGGGGGUCCUUAUUGUUACCAGAUCCAAGCCGGCCCUUCCUUCCCUCCUCCUUCUCUGCUUAGGAUCCCUCCUUUGCAUUAUUUCUUCCCUUCCGUCCCUCGCUGUCUCAUUCUCCCAUGUUUUGAUUUACAUGCCACAUCGCAGCAGUAGUGUUGCACUGUUGGUCCCCGUGUGUAUGUGUGUGUGUGUAUUUUUGGGUAGUCUUCGAAGCAGAUUUGUGCACAUGCUUCUUCCCCUUUCCGUUCCUCCGUGUGGUGUGUCCCCCUAGACUUUCUCUCACUUUCCUUUCCUUUACUGGAGGGAUGCCAUCAUACAAGCCUACUUUGUAGGUGCUAACGUGUUGAGAAUCGUUGGUUGUCGCUUUCUCUCUUCUGAUUCUUGGGGGGUUUGAGGUGCCAACCCUGUUUGGCGAAGAUCGAGGUUUUCGUGGUUUGUGGGAGGGUGUUUUGCGGUUUAUUUUUUUAUUUUUUAUUUUUAAAAUUUUAUUUAGUUAUUAUAUACAUUUAUAUUUAUAUUAUAUAUUGAGUGAGAGUAGGGACUCGGCAUGUUUUAGGUCGAUGGUGUGGUUUUUGUCGAUGGGCACUCGAUGUGUAGUUUUUGUAGAGAGGGCCUCAUCUUGCAUUAGAAGAUUAGAUGAGUGGUUAUUGAUUUUUCCCUCUCGAUAAUGUCCCCACCUUCAGCUUCUGAGGCUGCAUUGUCGGGCGUGGUUCGAUUGCUCGGUUUCAAGCCUCGGUGGAAGACUUGUUUUAGUUCUCAUACACCAGUCGAGGACAAUGGAAUCGCAACAGUUUAGGUUGGGCAAGAACAUGUGGACGAGGGUGCCUGAUGAUGGAUAAUAGCAAGGAUGCUGAGAAUGUAGUUUUGAUUUGGCUGUGAUAGUUGCAACAACUGCAAAGCUCUAAGGAGUUGAUCGCACUGAAAGGCGGCAGGUCAGCGAGAGUAUUUGAAGCUGAAACCAUGCUGUGCACUUGCAAUAAUCAGUUCAAGUCCGAUGAAAAUAGGGGCUCUUUGACUCCUCAACUUCGGGUUCGAAAUGUUUCUCGACAGCUUUCUGAGAAGUUGAGAGACGGCGAGCUGAAGCUUCUGCAAGGUAGCAUCCGAGAAGCCGAGGUCUCCCUCCGAGAGGCACUCUCCAUCAAUAAUGAGGAGGCACGAGCAUUGCUUGGUCGUCUAGAGUACGAUAGGGGAAACUACGAAGGAGCCCUACAAGUUUUAGAAGACAUUCAGGCUCACAACUUCGGUACAAGCUUGCGAUUUUUCAUCCAAGAUUCCAAAAUACAGCAGAAGAAAGGAAAACCUGCAAAGGGUACUGAUGCUCUUGGCACUUUCUUACAUGGUGCCAGUUUGCUUCUAGAGGCGCUAUAUCUCAAAGCCAAGUGCUUGCAGGAACUUGGGCGGCUCUCGGACGCUACCCGAGAAUGCAAACUUGUGCUUGAUACGAUGGAGACAGCAACACCCGCGGGUUUGCCUGAUGAAUGGGGAAAUACUAGGAUCGCUCAAAUGCUCUCGAAAUCCGUGAAGCUGCUACCUGAGAUUCUUCUCGAAAUGGAUCGGACCAGCGAUGCAGUGGUAGCAUAUCGGCGUUCGCUUUUGCGUUUCUCCUGGUGUCUAGAUUCCCACGACCUGGUGCACAUCAUGAAAAGCUUUGCAAUCUUGCUUCUGUACGGGGGUGUUGAGGCUCCUCGUGCGAGCUUGGGGGCCCACGUGGAGGGUGCCUUUACCCCAAAAGACAAUACCGAAGAGGGCGUAUUGCUUCUGAUGAUACUUCUUCGCAUAAUGAACAAAGAGCAAGGCUACUUUGACUACACUGUUUUUGAGCAUCUCUCCCUUGCCUUGUCGAUAUGUGGCCAACUAGAGACACUUGCUCACCAGUACGAGGCGCUUCUACCAGGAACCUUGUCUCGACCUGAUCGGUGGUACAGCAUGGCGCUCUGUUAUGCUGGAACUGGACAAAACUCAGUCGCACUAGACCUUAUGCGGAAAUCCCUAGUGGAAUCGGAGAAACCCAAGGACGUGCCUUCGCUUCUCUUGGCAGCCAAAUUGUGUGCUGGUAAGCCUGAGCUCUGUGGUGAAGGGGUCGAGUAUACACAACGCGCUAUGUCGAGCCUGCCCCGAGGCGCCGUAUCAUACCGAGCUUGUGCAUUGCAUAUUCAGGGUGUUGCACUUAGUUCACAAGUCCAACUUACGCCGUCGGAUGCUAUGAAAACCAAGCUGCACGGACAAUCCCUUGAAGCAUUACAAGAAGCUGCUGCUCUUGACAAAGGAGACACUGCCAUCAUUUUUGACCUUGGUCUUGAACUUGCUAAUCAAAGAAAAUCAAGCUUAGCAUUAGAUUGCGCCAAAUAUUGCCUUGAUCGGGGAGCUGGAGCACGUGUUCAUGGAUGGAGGUUUUUGGCUUUGGUGCUAACAGCUCAAGGUAGGCAUGCCGAAGCGGAUGUAAUAUUGGAGUCUGCUUUGGAGGAGACAUCUCCAUGGGAGCAGGGGCCCUUGUUAAGAACUCGGGCUAAGGUCCAAUUAGCCCUGGGACAGCAUCUGCUUGCAGUCAAAACUUAUCAAGUCUUGCUUGCACUGUUGCAAGAGGAGAAAAAGGAGCACGAACUUGGUACCAUUGGCAGGGGAAAGGGGGGUCAAAGGGUAGAAGAGUCAGAUGUGUGGCAUGAUUUAGCUCAGGUGUACAUACAGCUUAAGCAAUGGGGAGAUGCUGAAACAUGUCUUGAGAAAGCUCGAGUACUGCUCGACUCUUAUUCUGCAGCCAACUGGCAUUACAAUGGAUUGCUUCGUGAGGAGCAGGAUCUACUGGAAGAAGCCAUCCUAUGUCAUAAAAAUGCCCUCGCUGUAGACUUAACGUAUGUUGACAGCAAAGUUAAGCUUGGUGCUCUUCUUUGGCAAGUAAAUGGUGUGUUAGCAAUCCCAGUGGUGAAGAGUUAUCUUGCUGAAGCCUUAGAAGCAGAGCCCACCCAUGAGGAGGCCUGGUACCACAUGGGCAUGUUGCAGAAGGCUGAGGGGCGAAGGCAUGAAGCUGCUGAGAGCUUCCAAGCUGCACUUGUGUUGGAGCAGUCCUCACCAGUUGAAAAGUUCUCUUCGAUUGCUCCAGCCUUACUCUGGUAAAUAUAUCAACUCGAUCGGCUUACUUUGGCCGAGCCCCUUCAGAAUGGGUUUCAGAAUGGGUUUCAGUGAGCAAUGCUCCGGCUCGAGAAUUCUUGACCACACGUGCUCUUAGUUAGCUAAGAAACCUCAGUAGAUGUUUUGCUCCUUUGAUAUUGAAACAGUCAUGUUGCACACUUGAAAACAUUUGUCUGGUCCCUAUUGAAGAAAAUAACAUAUUGGAAGUAGAAUUAUUUUUUACAGCUCCUAGUGGAACUGAUUGUACAUAAAGGUAGGAUCCCCUUUCUAAGGUCAGCUCUCGCUGCCAGGUUUUGGAGGGGUGAUUGAUUUCGAAGAACUUACGACGGUAGGAGAAAUCACAUACAAAAAAAACUUCAUUAAUGUGGCUUUCACAGGAAGCAUUUUAUUUAUUUUUUGUCAAA